AUGCUUGAAACACAAAUACCACUUACUGUAGAACGGUCAUCUCAACAUUGGAUUUGGCUUAUCGGUCUUAGUAUCACAGCUGGAGUCAUUCUUUUAAUCAUACUUGUUAGUGUUCUUUGGUGUUGUGGCUUUUUUAAACGAAAUCGUCCACAAUAUCCAGUAUUAGCUCAAGAUGACUCUCCAUCAUGUGAAGAUCAAUAUCAAGUAUCAUCAGCUAAAAUAUUCACUAGGUAUCCAUUAAAUGUCGAUAGCGAUGAAUUAUCAAGUGAUGACAAUGAUGAUAAUGAAAUGAUGAUACAAAAUCCGGUCGAUAGUUUACCUAUCGUUAUACCACAAAAUUCAUCUCAUUUUAUUAAACAACAAAAAACUCAAUUUCCCUAUUAA